AUGUCAAACUAUAGUAAGGUCGCUAUUUUCUGGGAUUAUGAAAAUUGUAGCCCUCCCUUGAAUUCGCAAGGACAUGCCAUUGUAAAUGGCAUUCGACGAAUUGCUCAUGUCUUCGGAUACGUCACAUCGUUCAAAGCAUACCUUGAUGUAUCCUCACAGUCCCCCAAGUCUGUCGGAUUUCGCUCCGACCUCCAGUCCUCUGGGGUGUCCAUGACCGACUGUCCCCACAACGGCAAGAAAGACGUCGUGGACAAGAUGAUUCUUGUGGAUAUGCUUGCAUUUUCCAACGACCAUCCUCCGCCUGCCACCAUUAUCCUGAUAGCCGGUGACCGAGAUUAUGCCUAUGCCGUAUCAACUCUCCGCCUUCGACGAUAUAAUGUCGUUCUCAUCGUACCUCCGGCGCCAAAUAUCCCACAGAGCCUGGAGUCUCAGGCUUCUGUUGUGGUGGAUUGG